AUGAGCGACGAAAACGGAGUGCCGGAGAAUUCAGAGGAUGAGGCGGCCGCCGCCGGCUAUGUGGUCGGAAAUGGUAAAUUACCAAUUGGGACCAGUGAAUUGGAGCAGGAAAUCAAAGAACUAGAAAAUCUACUUCGGCUGGAACGAGAAGAAAGACGACGAAUUCAAGCCGAAGCACAGGUGAGUCACCGUCAACGCCAAGCUCUUUUUUUCCUUCGAAAUUUAUUCAAACUUUUCACAAUUUCCCCCUCUCUCUACACUUCAAACUCGUUCACGCCGUAA